CGUGAUCGUUCACAGAAAUCGAAAGUAAAAAGUUUAAUUCAGCGUGUCAUUGAACGCCAUUUCAGACUGCUGUAAACCAAAGAUUUUGAGUUCCAACAUAUUUGAUGAACUGAAACUUUUAUUCAGACGUAGAAGAGCACUGCCUCUAAAAUGAACCUCUAUGAAGAGAGAGAGGAGGGAGAUGCUGUUCCCUACCAGAACCAGAGAGCAGCCUCUCCAAAGCCCAGCUGUGUGUCUAUGAAGAGUGAACAAUCCAUGGGAGCACCCAUUCUCUUUAGUGAUGAAGCAGUGACCUUUAACCCCAGAGAUGAUCAGACUGGAGACCUGGCUUUUCAUCAACCAGUAGAUAAUGAACUACAGCAAGUCAAAAAACAGCACAAAAUUUGUAUGAAGAACAAGUUUGAGACCAUAUUUGAGGGAAUCAAACUACAAGGGAAUCAAAUUUUCCUGAACAGAAUCUACACACAGCUCUACAUCAUAGAGGGAGAAGGUGAAGGAGUGAAUAAAGAACAUGAGGUUUUACAGAUGGAGAAAACAGCCAGAACACAACACUCUCAAGACACUCCAAUCUACUGCAAUGACAUCUUUAAAGCCUCAUCUGAACCAGGAUGUGAGGAGCAGAUCAAGACUGUUCUUACUAAAGGCAUUGCUGGAAUCGGAAAAACCGUCUCUGUGCAGAAGUUCAUUCUGGAUUGGGCCGAGGGAAAAGAAAAUCAGGAUAUAGAUUUCAUGUUUGUGCUUCCAUUUCGAGAGCUGAACUUGAUUCGAGAUCAUCAGUACAGUCUUCACAGACUUCUGCUGGACUUUCAUCCUGAACUUCAAGAUCUGGACUCAAAGAUUUAUGAGAAGUGUAAAUUUGUGUUCAUCUUUGAUGGUUUGGAUGAAAGCAGAAUCACACUGAUGUUUUCAGAUGAUCAGGAAGUUUGUGAUGUGACUGAGACUUCAUCAGUGGGUGUGUUGAUAUCAAACCUGAUGAAAGGAAAGCUGCUUCCCUCUGCACUUAUCUGGAUCACCUCCAGACCAGCAGCAGCCAAUCAGAUCCCCUCCAAAUAUAUCCACCGUCUGACAGAAAUACAGGGAUUCAAUGAGCCUCAAAAGGAGGAAUAUUUCAGGAAGAGAAUCAUUGACGAGCAUCAAGCCAGCAGAAUCAUCUCACACAUAAGAAGAGCAAGAAGCCUCCACAUCAUGUGCCACAUCCCCGUCUUCUGUUGGAUCUCAUCCACUGUGCUUCAGAAGCUCCUGGAAGAAGAUCUGAGUGCAGAAAUCCCUCAAACUCUGACUGAAAUGUACAUCCACUUCCUGCUGAUUCAGAUCAACAUAAGGAAGCAGAAGUAUGAAGAGAGAGAUCCAGAGAAACUCCUGCAGUCCAACAGAGAAGUGAUUGUGAAACUUGCUGAAGUGGCUUUCAAACAGCUGAUGAAGGGCAAUGUGAUGUUCUAUGAGGAGGACCUGAUUGAGAGCGGCAUAGACCUCACUGAUGCCUCACUGUAUUCUGGGAUUUGCACUGAAAUCUUUAAGAAGGAAUCUGUGAUUCAUCAGAGGAAAGUCUACAGCUUCAUUCAUCUGAGCUUUCAGGAGUUUAUGGCUGCUUUCUAUGUUUUUUACUCUCAUCUAAUGAAAAACAUGGAACCAUUUCAGUUGCUUCUGGAUGAGGAAUAUGAAUGCUAUAAAUAUAAAUUGGGCAGGUCUGAGGGAAACUCUCUGUGUGAGUUACUAGCAUCAGCGGUUAAUAAAACUCUUCAAAGACAAAAUGGACAUCUAGAUCUGUUCCUGCGGUUUCUGAUGGGCAUCUCACUGGAGUCCAGUCAGAGACUCUUACAGGAUCUACUGACACACACAGAGAACAGCUCAGAGAGCAUCAAGAAAACCUCACAGAACAUUAAAGAGAAGAUCAAGAGAAGUGAAAGUCUUUCCGCUGACAGAUCCAUCAAUCUGUUUCUCUGUCUGCUAGAAGUGAAUGAUCAGACACUUUCCAGAGAGAUUCAGGACUUUGUGAAAUCAGACAAAAAUUUAGAUAUUUCUCCUGCUCACUGCUCAGCAAUCGCCUACAUGCUUCAGAUGUCAGAGGAGGUGCUGGAUGAGUUAGACCCAAUGAAAUACAACACAUCAUAUGUGGGUAGAAGACGACUGAUACCAGCUGUGAUCAACUGCAGAAAAGCUCUAUUUGCUGCAUGUCGCCUCUCUGAUCAGCACUGUAAAGUUGUGGCUUUAGCUUUACAAUCAUCAAACUCCCAUCUGAGAGAGCUGGACCUAAGUAACAAUGACCUCCAGGACUCAGGAGUGGAGCUGCUCUCUGUUGGACUGAAGAGUUCACACUGUCAACUGAACAUACUGAGACUGGUAGGUUGUAGAUUCACUGGUCAGUGCUGUGAAAGUUUGUCAUCAGUUUUACAAUCAUCUAACAACCAUCUGAGAGAGCUGGACCUGAGUAACAAUGACCUGCAGGAUUCAGGAAUGAAGUUGCUUUCUAAUGGAUUAAAGAAUUCUCACUGUCAACUGAACAUACUGAGAUCAGUCAUCUGUAAUCUCACUGGUCAGUGCUGUGAAGGUUUGUCUUCAGCUCUACAGUCAUCAAACUCCUGCCUGAGAGAGCUGGACCUGAGUAACAAUGACCUGAAGGAUUCUGGAGUGAAGCUGCUCUCUGUUGGACUGAAGAAAUCUUACUGUCAACUAAAUAUACUGAGAUUGUCUGGCUGUAUGGUGACAGAGGAAGGCUGUCGUUAUGUGUCUUCAGCUCUGACUUCAAACCCCUCACACCUAAAGGAGCUGGAUCUGAGCUACAAUCACCUAGGAGUUUCAGGAGUCAAGCAACUCUUUGAAAGACUGGAGGAUCCAAACUGCUCAUUGAAUGCACUCAAUGUGGAUCAUGGAGGAGAGUUUCGGAUUGCAGCAGGUCUACACAAAUAUGCCUGCUUUCUCACACUGGAUCCAAACACCGUAAACACUCGUCUCAUUCUGUCUGAGAAUAACAGAAAGGCGACACUUGUGGAAGAGUAUCAGUCAUAUCCUGAUCAUCCAGACAGAUUUGAUGAGUGUCUUCAGGUUUUGUGUCGAGAGAGUCUGUCUAACCGCUGUUACUGGGAGGCUGAAUGGAGUGGAUGUGGAGUUAUAUCAGUGACACACAAAGGAAUAUGCAGAAAAGGAAGAUUUGACUGUCGGUUUGAAUCUAGUGAGAAGUCCUGGAGUCUGGAGUGCUCUGAUAACCGAUUUGCUGUCUUUCACAAUAAUAAGAGAACUGAUAUCUUUAUCUCUUCAGGCUUCUCUAAGAAAGUAGGAGUGUAUGUGGAUGUAUUGGCCAGCACUCUGUCUUUCUACUGCAUCUCUGACCCACAGACACUGACACACUUAUACACAUUCACCUCCACAUUCACAGAGUCUGUCUUUGCUGGGUUUGGGGUUUAUGGUUCCUCCGUGUCUCUGUGUGAGAUUAAAAAACCUGUGAACAAAAAUGAGAUGUUGCUCACACCUGACUGAAAUAUAUAUUAGUAUAUCUUUGACACACACACACACACACACACACACACCUGCAUAUGUACCCAAGUAAAUUUGUAAACCUGAUCAUCUUUGGUGAUUAAUCUUCCAAGAACUAUAUUUUUUUAAUAUUUCAAGAAAUCAGCUGUUUUAAAAAUAUUAUUUGCUGUUUGAUUACAUUAAUCAAAAACAUUUUUUUUUUACCAUUGAUUAUUUAUUAGUUUAAUAAUUUAUAUUUAUCAUUAAUAAUUCAUACAAAUUCAUAUUCUGGUUUGACUUAAUUUUUCUGGAUUCUGUACUUUUAUGGUUCAAUACAAAUAUACUAUCAAAAAUGGUGGUAAUGAAAAU